AUGCCUCUAGAUCAACCAAAGGAAGGCACAAAGAAGAGACGUGUCAUCCAGAUAUUUGAUAGUCCUGAGGGGGAAAAAAAGUGCAAAAAUCAAGAAGGCUUCAUACCUACAUCUAGAGACUAUCUAGGUAAGGCACUGGCGUUUGAUUAUGAGAACAAAUUAAUUGAAGACUUUCUACAAUCGAGAAUGAACAGUGAUACGUACAUUUGGAAGUGUGCCGAAGCAAGCGUAUCUCGCUUAGAUGCUUAUAUACUAUUAACGGGAGGUGAACUCAGUGACGAUGUGAUCGAUGCAUUUGUUAUUCGGCUUUGUAACAAGAUUGAAACAACUGAUAGUUAUGAUCGAAAGAUACAUGUCACAAGACCUUGGCUUGCACAAGCAUUUCUAGAAGGAAAUCUUGAAAUGGUGGCAAAACGAAUGAAGGAAAAUGUUUCUCAGCAGAAGUUCUUGGAGUGUGAAAGAAUUCUGAUCCCGAUUGUCAGCUCCGGACAUUGGCACCUGGUAGAGUUAGUGAGAGAGGAGACAAAAUUCUAUCACUACUCCUCAAUCAACUCCCCCAUUUAUACCGCCGAUGCUGUGAAAUUUAUAAAUAAGUUUAUGAGUUUCAUUGAGAGUAAUUGGGGAUUGGGGAAAUUGGAGCAUCAUGGUCUUGUGUCAGUUGCCGUGCCACAACAAGGACCAACGUUAGAUUGCGGGAUCUUUAUGAUGUAG